AUGUGUUUUACGAACAUAAGGAGUUUCUUCGGUGGAAAGAAAAGUGGCAAUCAAGAGAGUUCGUCCGGUUCAAGUGCGCUAUCAGCAAUUCGAAAGGCAGCUCCUUCAACUCCAACCUCGGAGACCAAAAAGAGGUCCGAUAAAUUGGUUCCGAACAAAUCCGAGCCGAAGGCAAAGAAACCGAAGAAGGCUGCGGUCGCAGUUGUGGACUUGAGCGAGAGCGAUGACUCCGAAGGUGAAUCACCAAUACCGGCAUCACUGCGCAAAGAAGCCUUGAAGCAGAAACGUUCACGAGCGCUUGUGGUCUCAGAUUCCGAUGAGGAUUUUAUUCCGAAGAAAGCAUCGAAAGGCGCAAUAAAGUCAGUCACACCUUCUCCGGUGAAGUCUCCUCCAAAGGUGAAGAGGUCGCGAAUUGUGGUGAGCGAUAGUGAAGAAGAUGCUACACCAUCUCCCAAGAAGAAGAAAGGAAAAGAGAAAGCACGUCCGCCAGCGCCUGAAUCCGGUGAUGAGGAGGUCACUAGUGAAACGGAUAGUGAAAAUGAGUUUAUGGAGAAGAAGAAACCAAAGAAAGUGCAGAAGAAGCUGGGUUUUGAUAAGGACUCGAAGAAAACUACUCCGGCGAAAGAUAAGAAAUCGGAAGAAAAAUUGGAACGAGUCAGCGCCAAUGAAGUUUUCGGAGGUGCGCGAACUGACGGAAAGGCCGCUCAUCCUUCAAAGAAAAAAGAUGUACCAUCAAAAGCCUCCAAAAUAAGUCCAUCACAGAAAGAAAAUGAUGUGGCGAGGAAGCAUGAGAAGCCGAAGAAGAAGGUUCUUCGUUUUUGA